AUGUUUGAUUUGAUAGAAAUUAAACCAGGUACAUUUCGUGGCAAUUUAGUAAAUGAAUUUGAUAUAAAUGAAUAUAUUAAAUCAUUCAGUUUGAAAACAAAUACUAGUUGGUGUGUAGUAAGUAGUAAAGUGUCAACUAGAUUUGUUUGUCGGAAAAUAUUUAAAUGUCAUCAUAGUUCCUUUCAUAAAAAAACACCAAAAGAAAAUAAUAAAGGAAAAUCAAAAAAUAGUGAUUGCCAGGCAAAAAUUGAAAUUUUAAUUAAACUUUCUACUAAGGAUACAAAAAAAAAAGAUGUGUAUGUUAAGGAUGGACUACCAGCGGUUAUUUCAAUUCAAAAUGAUCAUAACCAUACAGUUGUUUCUGGAGAGGCAUUAUCUUAUUUAAGACCAACAAAAGAUGUAAAUAUCAAAUUUGAAGAGUACUUUAACAGUGGUCUUGGCAUAAGUGAAUCCAUUAGGAUUCAUGAAGAAAAUAUUGAACUGAAACAUGGAAUAAAUUCAACUGAACUCGCAAAUGCUCAUAUUAAUCCUAAGUAUAGAACUGUUAGAUAUUGGUAUGAUGAGUGGAAAAAAUUAAAUCUAGGUCCACAUAGUGGAAUCGGAGUUAAUAAGAAAUUGGAGGAAAAAAUGCAUGAAUAUGAAAAAAAUAAUAUUAUAGUAAAAUUUCAAGAGGAUCCCUUUGCGAUAACAAUAAUAACUCCCAUUAUGCAACGUGCACAUAAUUUAAAUUUUGCUAAAGAUAUUGCAUUUGUCGAUAGCACAGCAUCAUGUGAUUCACAAGGUCAUUCGGUUACAUUUAUGCUUACUGCCUGUGGUAUAGGUGCAGUACCUUUAGCAGUUAUGAUCACUAAAGGCCAAUCUUUAGAUGAUUAUAUUGCCGUGUUUAAAUUACUAAAAGAGGCAGUACCAUUAGCGUUUUGUUCACAAGGAUAUCCAUUACAAUUUAUAACAGACGAUAGUGAGGCUGAAAGGCAGGCCCUUCAAUACGUAUGGCCAAAUUCUAAGUCACUAUUAUGUAGAUUUCAUAUAUGUCAAUCAGUUUGGCGUUGGUUAUUUGAAAAAAAACACAAUAUUGAUACUGAAGAUAGAAAAAUAUUAUAUGGAAAAUUUCAAGCCUGUUUACAGGCUCCAACCAUAGAAGAAGCCAAAAUGGCAUUCAAAAUUGUGACAGGAAUUCUGAGUGGUAAUGAUACUAAUAAUAUAGUCACUAAAUAUCCUCAGUGGAUAAACUAUAUGAAUAAUUAUUGGAAAAGAAAGGAACUUUGGUGUAUUGCAUUUAGAGAUGAGUCAAUGCAUGGACAUCAUACAAAUAAUUUUAGUGAGGUAAAUGUAAGAAUUUUUAAAGAUAUUGUUCUUUCACGGAAUAAAGCCUACAAUGCAGUGGCUCUGGUUGACUUUAUAUGCACAAGCAUGGAAGAGUACUACACUAGGCGUCUUAGAAAUUUUGUCAAUGGUCGGUAUGAUGCUACUAGAUUACUAUUUGAAGACCAACUGAGUCGAUCAGCUAAUAUUACAAAAGAUCAUAUUGAGUCAAUUGGAGAUAAUUUAUAUAAAGUAAUAAAAGAACAUGGAUUGUCAGAUUUUUAUGAAGUGAAUACUACAGUUGGAUAUUGUUCAUGUAUUAAAGGAAAAUAUGGGUCAUUCUGUAAGCAUCAAGCAGCAGUUUUUAAUUUUUAUAAAGAUAAAAUGCCAAAUUUACCUGCUAUAAGUGCUGAAUCUAGGUAUUUAUUAGCAAAGUUAGCAUUUGGUGAUGUGGUACAAGAAAAAGAAUUUUAUUUACCAUUAGUACCUGAUAUUACACACAAUUUUAGUGCAACUUCAGAGAUUACAUUUAAUUGUUUGCCAUCUACAUCUAAUACAAUAGAAUUCCCUGAUGAUACUAAUAAUUUCAUAAACAAUAAUACUAACACCAGUUCAGAAAUUAUUCAAAAUAAAGAUUUAGCCAAGAAGUAUAAAGAAAAGAUUUGUAGCUUAAUUUCUAAUAAUUUUUCAAAAUAUCAAUCUACAUCAUUACCUAUUCUUUCUAAAUGUAUUCAAAGGUUGGAAAAUGUUAAAACUGCAACUGGUUGGGAUAGUUUUUUGGCAACUGCUGGAAGUUCUAUUUCUUUAAGACACAGAAGUCGUGCUUCAAUUAGAGUUCAACCUACAACAUUAAGUAGAAGAAAACCUGGUAUCACUAGAGGAAGUCAAAGAUUACCAGUUGGAAGACCAGUAAACAGUAUAAAAAAGAAAAAGAUAGUAAAAAGAAAAAGAAAUCUUCAAGAGAAUGUCAACUUAAAUAUACCUAACGCUAAAUCACAUGGGACUAAUCAUUAA